GCAGGAGACGGCCCUGGUCAGUUCCUGCGUGUAAUUCCCAUCGGUCGCCGCCGCAACCGUGCGUCAUCUAGUCUGCCUGGACAGGCACCAGCACCAUGCAGUCGCGCCGGCGGCACGCCGCCGCCGCGGCCCUCUCCGUCACGGCGCUCCUCCUCUUCAUCUGCGUCCAGGCCGGCCUCGUCGCAUUCCCUCUGCGCGACACGCGCUCGCGCGCCCUGCUCGUGCCGCCGCGCUGGCUGCCCCUCGGCCUCCGCGCCGUCCGAGCUGGGACAGCCACGCCGGCGGGCGCGGGGACGGAGGCCGUGCUGCUUCCGGGCUGGGAGGUCAUCGUCCUGGUCCGACGACCCGACGCCGCCAGUGCACCCGUGCAAAACGCCACGUGUAUGUUCCGGGGCGGGGCGUCCUCCCCGGCGCGCGCGCUUGGGCCACUGCCGGCGUCCGGCCGCCACGCCUACACAUGCAUCAUGCCCGAGCCAGCGCGGACUCAGCGACACGACGCGCCUCUCGUGCUCUUCCCCGUCUCCACGGUCAUCAACGCCGACGAUGGCGCCACAGGCCGCUCGCCGGAGAUGCUGAAGUGGAGCAACCGCAUCGUGUACGAGUCCGUCGUGGUCGACGGCGGCGACGUGCUCGUAUUCGCCAAGGGCGUGAACCGACGGAAAAAAGUCAACCGUGCGGCUGCAGACAUCCGGUGCCUGUACUACCGUGGCGACGCCGGCAACGCCGUGGCCUCGCUGCCGGCCACCACCUCGGCGCAGCAAGUCUUCCGGUGCCCACCUCCGCCGGCGACGGCUCCGGUAUACCGAGAGCUCCGCGUCACGCUUGCCGUGGUCGGCGAGGAGCCCAUCCCCUCACUGGCCACCUACGAUCCUCCACGUCGUCGCGACUCGCGGACUACUGGAUCAACGACGUCAGGGAAGAGGCUGAUUUGCGCCUGCACCAUGGUCCGCGACGUGGCCAAGUUCCUGCGGGAGUGGGUCGUCUACCACGCGGCCGUGGGCGUGGACCGGUUCUACGUCUACGACAACGGGAGCGAGGAUGACCUGGUGGACCAGGUGCGCCAUCUCACCUCGGACGGAUUCGAAAUCUUCACCAUGACCUGGCCCUGGCCCAAAACUCUAGAGGCCGCGCUAUCCCACGGCGCCGCGGUGCAUCGAGAUUCGUGCGAGUGGAUGGUCUUCAUCGACGUUGACGAGUUCAUCUUCUCCCCGCACUGGGUCCAUUCGGAGAACCCGACAAAAUCUAUGCUCCAUUCGAUCACAACCGUCGAAAAAGACAUUGGACAGGUGUCCAUGUGGUGCGCGGAUUUCGGCCCCUCAGGCCAGAACGCGCACCCAAAGGAGGGGGUCACCCAAGGCUACACAUGCCGAAGGCAGAUCAUGGAGCGACGCAAGUCAUUGGUCCGGCUCGACGCGAUGGACCGGUCGCUGAGUAACUCGGUCCACUACUUCAUGCUUCAACCAGGGUUUCAAAGCAAAUGGAACACGCGAGUUCGCGUGAACCACUACAAGUACCAAGCUUGGGACGAGUUCAAGGUGAAAUUCCGCCGCCGGGCUUCGACAUACACCGUCAAUUGGACCGAAAAGAAGAACCUCCGUUCCAAUGACCGGACUCCGGGUUUAGGGUUUGAGGCGGUCGAGCCAGCUGGUUGGCCGCACAGGUUCUGCGAGGUGAAUGACACUCUGCUCCGCAAUGUGACUCGGAGAUGGUUCAGCCUUGGAUUUGGAAACAAGCUGGGUACGCGACGAAUAAUCAGUACAACUCCUGGCUCAUCAUAUAAUGUAUGAAACAUGAUCAAGAGACAUUGCUCUACCUCUCUGGUGUGUUC